CUCGCAGUCGCAAUCUGAGCCGUGUGUGAUGCGGUUUGACCCUCGGGUGCAUCCGUAGUUCAUCAUUGAAGUGCGUGGUGGAGCUAGCAUGUUGCUGGCAAGAUGAGAGGGAUACUCAACCUGUAAUGUUAAUAUUACACAUUGUUUUGACUGGAGGGACAUAAAUUAUAAGAUGCCACGCUACGCGCAACUGGUUAUGGGGCCUGCGGGCAGCGGAAAGAGUACAUAUUGCUCCACAAUGGUCCAGCACGCAGAGAACCUCAAUCGCUCUGUGCAGGUCGUCAAUCUGGAUCCUGCAGCCGAAUACUUCAAUUACCCCGUCAUGGCAGACAUCAGAGAGCUGAUCCAGGUGGAUGACGUUAUGGAAGACGAUUCUCUGAGGUUCGGCCCAAAUGGAGGACUAGUCUUCUGCAUGGAGUACUUUGCCAAUAACUUCGACUGGUUGGAGGAGAACCUUGGCCACAUGGAAGAUGACUACAUACUGUUUGACUGUCCAGGACAAAUCGAGCUGUACACUCAUCUUCCCGUUAUGAAGCAGCUAGUGGAACAGCUACAGCAGUGGGAGUUCCGUGUCUGUGGCGUCUUCCUCGUUGAUUCACAAUUUAUGGUGGAAACUUUUAAGUUCAUCUCGGGUGUCAUGGCCGCUUUAAGUGCGAUGGUGUCCCUGGAGAUCCCUCAAGUCAACAUCAUGACCAAGAUGGACCUGCUAAGCCCAAAAGCCAAGAAGGAAAUCGAGAAGUACCUGGACCCGGACAUGUACUCCAUGAUGGAGGACAACUCUGUCACCAUGAGGAGCACCAAGUUCCAGAAACUCACACAAGCCAUUUGUGGCCUGAUUGAUGACUACAGCAUGGUGCGAUUUCUGCCCUUCGAUCGCACUGAUGAAGAGGGCGUCAGUAUUGUCCUGCAGCACAUCGACUUCUCCAUUCAGUAUGGAGAAGAUCUGGAGGUCAAGGAGCCCAAGGAGACAGAUGAAGAUCCCAGCAACACGAACUAUGACGAAUUCUUUCAAGAUUCCUGAGAGCUAUGUCUGACAUUGUAUAUGUGGAAAUAUAACUUAUUUUUAUAUAAUUUUACGUGUUUGUUUUUGUGUGUGAGUGUUUGAGAGGGGUAUCCAAGCGUGUUGUGCAUGAUUGACACUUACAUCUGUAAAUUUCUCUUCAAGAUAGGGAAACCCAUAAGCAUUCAUAUUUUUGCAAUAAAGAAUCACAUUUUGUGACAAUCA